AUGAGGGAGAGCUCAGUAUCUGCCCUACCUAGCCCGGUGUUAUCCGUCAACCGUGACCUUGACCCGCUAGUUGGGGCCAGGACAUCUCCGGGGUCUGCAGACGACACCUUUGACAACCUGUGUGGCGGCGGUGCCAUGUCCAACAUCUCCACAAUGAAGCCGUAUGUCUCGGUGAGUACCGUGGAGAGCGAGCCCCUCAGGCUGGGGGGCGAGGCCUGCCUGGAGUUCUGGUACCUGCUGCCAGAGGGAGCUAAUGGGUCAGCGCUUCGAGCUCUACUCAAAACCAGAACCGGACCGGUGGAAAUCUGGACUUCACCUGCCCUGCAAAGCGGUUCUUGGAGACAAGUGUUCGUUCCCUUAGCCGGCACAGAAGCGGAGACCCGGGUGUCAUUAGAAGCUGUCCAGGAGCUGUCUGUGCAAGGGCGGGUUGCCUUCGACCGAAUAGGAGUAAGGAAAGGACAGUGUGCGAACUCCAGUCGGAUGACCGGCCACGGGACCUGCACCGUCCACACUGACCCACAAUGCAGCACCUUUGACGGGGCCCUCUUCCGUUUCAUGGCCCCCUGCACCUACGUCCUGGCCCAGACCUGUGCCCCCACCCAGGAUCUGCCCAUGUUCAGUGUGGAGGUGGUCAGUGGACGGAAGGGGAACUCGUCCGUGUCUGCCAUUCAACAGGUCAAUGUGGAGCUAAAGGGCCUGAGGGUGUCCCUGCUGAAAAGGCAGACCCACCGGGCCAUAGUUAAUGGCAUCUGGAGGAAGCUCCCAAUGGUCCUUGACAACGGCACUGUCGAGAUCCAUAGCAACCCCGCUGCUGUUAUGAUAGAGACCGACUUCGGUCUCUUUGUUUCAUAUGACAACACCGGUGCUGUCCAAGUUACUGUGCCGGCCUCUUACGACGGUAAAGUCUGCGGCAUGUGUGGCAACUUCAACCACCGUGGAGAUGAUGACUACCUCUGGCCUGACGGUCUGAAUGCCACAGCUUUAGCGCCGAGCCAGCAGACGGAGGCGACCUCAUCUUGUGAGAUCACUCUCGUGCCUCACAAGUGUGAUCCCGGGGAGAUGUCCGAGUACAGCGGCGAGCCCUACUGCGGAGGCCUCAUUUCUGGGACCGGCCCCUUCUCCGGCUGUCUGGCUGUCGUGGGCGCAGAGAGUUACUUCCGGAGCUGUGUGUCAAGGAUGUGUGGUGCUCAUGGAAACAUGGCGGCGCUAUGUGAGACGCUGCAGGCUUACGCUGAUAUCUGCCAGGAGGCUGGUGUCGAUUUACCAGCCUGGAGAAACUCCACUCUCUGCCCCCUGGUGUGUGGUGAGAACAGCCAUUACAGUGCAUGUGCCGAGGCCUGCCCUGAGGUUUGCGCCGGUCAGGAUUUACCAAGGACGUGCGGAAGCUGCGAAGAGAGAUGUGAAUGUGACUCUGGUUUCAAGCUCAGUGGGGGUAGGUGUGUCCUCACUGAAGACUGUGGCUGCUGGAAAAACGGACAACACUACAAGAGAGGAGCAAUGUUCUUGGAUGGAGAGUGUAACCAACAGUGUCGGUGCAUGGGUAAUAAUGAGGUCCAUUGCACCGCAUGGCACUGCGCAGACAAUGAGGUCUGUAUGGUCGAGGAAGGGGUCAAAGGUUGUUUCCCUUCCAAUCCCGCCACCUGUAGAGUGUACGGCGACCCACACUAUAUCACUCUUGACGGGAAGGCAUACGACUUCCAGGGAGGCUGCAACUACACACUGGCUACCGCUUGCGGAGAUCAUAGCUCAGUCCAGUUCACUGUGACCGGACGCAACCACAACCCCUUCUCUCAGAACCUGACCCGCUCCAAGCUGGAGGCGGUGGGUUUUCAGGUUGAGGAUGUGCACAUCAUCCUGAAUCAGAGUGGAACUAUCAAUCAUCUCCAGGUCAGUCUCCCCUACUCCACCAAUGGCAUAUAUGGAUCAAUAUUGGUCUACCGUAAGAACCAAUAUAUCGUCCUGGAGACGUCAUUUGGCCUCAGGCUGACGAUAGAUGGGUGGAACAGGCUGUUCCUGCAGGUGGAUGAGCGCCAUAAGGGUGGACUGUGCGGUCUGUGUGGCACCUACUCUGAUGACCAGAGUGAUGAUUUCACAAAGCCCGACGGCAAACAAGCUGGCGGAGCAUUUGAGUUCGGAAACAGCUGGAGGGUGAUGGAGGACAGCACCUUGUGUAAUUCCCAUCCAGACGACCCCAGAUCUUGCGACGCUGAUGAAAAGGAUCUGGCCUACAGUAACUGUAGCGCACUACUGGCAGAUGCCUUCACUCCCUGCCAUGAUCCCAUCAACCCUGACAUCUACAUGACCAGUUGUGUGUAUGACUACUGUGCCACCGGUGGGGACCGACACACCUUCUGUAGCUCCCUGGAGUCCUAUGCAGUGGCUUGCAAGGUGGCAGAGGUGGCGCUGCCUAAUUGGCAGGAGGACACAGUCUGUGCUUGUCCCUUGAGCUGCAACUUUGACAACGAUCUGUGCGGGUGGCAGCAGCUCAUCCAGGACACUUUCGACUGGAGGAGACAGUCAGGUCCCACCCCUUCCAACAGAACGGGACCCAAUCAAGAUCACACGACCGGAGCGAGCUUCUACAUGUACAUCGAGGGUGACAGCGUGACCUACGGCGACUCGGCUCGUAUGCUUAGCCCAAAGUGCCAUUACAGCGGCCCUCUCUGCCUGAGCUUCUGGUAUCACAUGUACGGCUCAGCCAAGGCCAUGGCCCUCAAUAUCUACAAGCUCCAAGACAACAAAGUCACCAAACUCUGGUGGGACGCUAAUGACCAGGGACAACAAUGGCACCUGGCUUUUGUUGAUAUUAAAGCCAGAAGGCCAUUUCAAAUCAUAGCAGAGGGAAUCAGAGGCUCUAACACACUGUCAGACGUGGCCAUAGAUGACAUUUCAAUGCAUUUUGGCUCGUGCUCAGAUCGGAGUGGCGGUGUGAUGCCCAGUCCUCCUAAUCCUGAGUCAAACAUGACGGCCCCUCCACGUCCCCCAGUGAUAACCACCGCUAUUCCACAACCACCUGUGGUUACUGUUACUGCCGAGGCCGCUUUUACAACCCAGCUUCCUUUGGAUAAUACCGCUGCUCCUCCUCUGGUGGAAGCAACAACAGACUCCAUUGUCGAGGGCAAAGUUACUCCUCCUUAUACCCCCGAUGACAGGUCCCUGUCCUCGACAGACCCAAAUCCAGUCUGCAAAAUGAACUGUGAUUUCGACCAAGACCUCUGUGCAUGGAACCAACUGCUUACUGAUGUUUUUGACUGGACGAGGAAUAAUGGCUCCACUCCCACCGAAUUGACAGGGCCUUCUUCGGACCACACAAAUGGAAAUGGUCACUACCUUUACAUCGAGGCAAACAGCGCAACACAUGGAGACACAGCUCGUCUCCUCAGCGCUGAGUGUUCCGAUUCUGGUCCUCAGUGUCUGCAGUUCUGGUACCACAUGUACGGCUCAGCCGAUACAAUGGGCCUACAUGUCUACUUACUUCAGGACAGUCUCGUUAAUGCUGUUUGGAGGAGCAGAAAUGACCAAGGAAAUAUGUGGCACUUGGCCCAGGUGGACCUCACAACAACUGGACCUUUUCAGAUUAUUUUUGAAGGACGCAGAGGUUCCAAUGAUCAGUCUGAUGUGGCCAUAGAUGAUGUGUCUCUUCAUCGUGGGCGCUGUGCAGAUCUGAUUAAACCAACAACCUCUGCUCCCCCAACCAAUGGUCCACCUACAACUGAAAAUCCAGAGCUUCUUCCGCUAGACCACAGCCGCCAACUACUGAGACACCACAACCAGCAACACCAACUAGACCACAAUCAACAACUACAGCUAGACCACAACCCACAACUACAGCUAGACCACAACCUACAACUACAGGUAGACCACAACCGCCAACGACUACCUGGAACCCAAAGCACAGUUAGACCUCAGCCAACAACAGAACAACCAGACAUUCCAACAACAGAAAGAAAACAGCCACCAGCAACUGAAAAACCUGGAUUUCCAAGCACAAAAAGACCAGGAACCCCAUCUACAGCAGGGCCGCAACCCCCAACUACACCUAUAUCAACGCCCUCCUGUCCAGAGAACAGUCAUUACACCGCUUGCGUGCCUGCCUGCCAGCCAACUUGCGAACACCUUCACGGUCCCUCUGACUGCACAGGAAAUGAACCUUGCACGCAGGGAUGCGUUUGCGAUGAUGGAUUUGUACUGAAGAUGAGGGUUUGUGUGCCUAUACAGCAGUGUGGCUGUGUGGACAGGAACGGCAACAAGCAUACCUUUAAUGAAGUGUGGUACACAAACCACUGCAGUCAGAAAUGCAAAUGUGAAGAAGAUGACGGUAUGGGCAAGAUUGAUUGUGAUGACAAAGAUGAAUGUGAUGGAGGUACCGCCUGCCUUCAAGAUGAAAUGGGCCAUUAUCACUGCAGCUCCAUGGGUUUCAGUCAGUGCACCAUCAGAGGAGAGCCUGAGUACAGGACCUUUGACGACAUGAAGCACAAGUUCGAAGGCGAGCACUCAUACGUACUGGUCCAGACCACCGGCCUGCCAAAUAACCUUCCAGAGGUUUACAUAGAAGGCAUCAACGCGCACACCCCAGAUAAUCGACGUGGGGAUGACAGCCAUGAUGAGAACAGCAGCGAAGAGCAUGACAGCCACAGAGACAGGGAUGAUGAUGAAGAUGACGAUGAAGACAGCAAUGAACGCAAAGACCGCCACCGACUGAGGCAGCUCAAGAUCAGGGUGUACAAUCAUACUGUGGAGUUCAGGAAGAACAGGAAACUGGUCGUCGAUGGCAGGAGAAGCCAUGGCUCUGUCUCGCCGUCUGGUGGUCUCAAGAUACGAGAGCGAUCCUCUCGUAUCUACCUGAAGACGGACUUUGGCCUCUCAGUGGAGUUUGACGGAAGCAGCAGGGCAGAGAUCAUUCUACCGCACACGUACAAGAGGAAGGUGGGCGGCCUGUGUGGAAACUUCGAUGGCAGAAAGAAGAAUGACCUGAUGAAACCAGACGGCAGCCAGGCCAACAGCGUUGCUGAGUUUGGAGAGAGCUGGAGAGUGACGGAGGACUCGCUGAACAUCAACUGGAGCUCAUGCAACGACUCCCCAUGCGGACUCCAGCUUGGCAGCAAAUGGCGACCAGAUCUCCUCGUCCACCGCGAGCCCAAUCCCGUCUUCAGCCCCAUCAUCUGCCACAACCACUUCUACUCCACAUACGUCCCCUACCUCCGCCUCAGCCACCGACACACAGGCUGUGACUACACCCGUCACAGCGAUUCCUACCCCGCCCCCGCACACCUCCAUGACAUCCACUUCAUCAGCCUCGUCCACACAAACUACCUCCACCCCUCACGCAUCCAGUUCAGAAACACCCACCUCCACGUCACCUUCACAGCCCCCAGAUGA